AUGCCCUGUUUGAACAAAGCUUGGCCAACAGAUUCUUCACCAUUGAACCAACAAACACGGCGGGGACAUGGCCAAAGCACUAUUAAACAUCCAUUUAUGCGAAUCCUCGCGCUGGCAAGCAUUCUGCCCUGUGCUGAGAACUUAAAGAGCAAUUCUACACGCUUUUUCACUUGUGCCCCUCGGACAACGUUUCGGGUAGUUGGUAAGUGGAAUAACCUCCUUCCGACGGUCGCUCACGCUCCAUGUGGUAUCCAGUUCAAGGCACUUUUACACUGUGCAGCAAUCCGUGAGUCCUUGAGCGCUCGCACUGGCAAGGUUACGCUCCCGAGGUUAAUGAACUUAAUGAGUAGCGCUACACCUUUUUCAGCGUGCCUUUCAGUUGGACGGAUGCAGAGGGGUGACAAGGACAAAGCCGUCUCGGAAAACCCCGAUCCCCUGAAUCAAUCCUUAUUGAGAUUCAGAUUUAAUGCCCAUCGUUUGCUUGCCACCAGUGUUGUUUCUCCAAAAAUCCCCGGUGAUGCUCAGGCCUCGGCAGCAACGCCGCUGGUGACGGAAGUGGAGAGGGUCGGUAUUCGGCAUUUUCUGGGUCUUCAUCGGCUACCUUCGUUGUUGUAUUCUCCAGAAGAACGACGUAAUACGUUUGAAACCCUAUGGGAAUUGCUAUUGUCACGUCCCGAGCGGGAUGUAGCUCUGGUCAAUAAAUAUCUAUUCUCUCGGAUAGAUAGCGGGUUGGACUUUAGUUCUGAUAAAAUUCUACAAGCUAUGAAGCAGGCUGGUUUGGAACCUAACACGGCACUAAAGAAUGCCAACCUGAAGCCUGACCUGUACAUUUUCUCACAAGUACUAUAUGGUUACCUUAAAGCUGGAUGCCCAGAAGAAGUGGCCUCUACAAAAGAAAUAAUGGCCCGAUUGGGUCUGUGGCCAUCACUCCAGGGUUAUGAAGGCAUACUUUCCGCCUACGCUGAACUUGGCAAACGAUCCGAGCUGCUGUCUACCUUGAACGAAGCCUGGGAGUAUCUUGCUUCCCGCAGAAAACCCCAUUUUGCCACAUCCGAUGGUUUCCCUCCCUCGUUUAUCAUUCGGUUGUACGUCCGCUUAAUUUGUGCGGAACCUCAGCCUGACGGGACCUGUGCCGAACUUCUUAGCCGUCUUCCCAUGCCAAUUGAUUCGUCCACGCGCACUCGUGCUCUUGAAGGAACCAAACGUUUGUUGGCCGGCGGACGGUUGAACGCGGCGCAGGAGCUGUUCAAGCGUGCUGACCCUGAAAGUGCCACUGACUCGUAUUUGUGUUCAUUGCACAGGUAUAUGUCCGUGGGUGGACUUAAUCCAGAAGACGUCGUAAAGUUUUGGGAGCUGGCGGAUGUUACUGGGUCUCGUUUGAGCAUGCUGCAGCGACAAGUCAGGGGCGACUUACGUCGCCGGCCAAGUACACCAUCCCCGCUCUAUGAGGACUUGCGAAAUGCGUUGUUGAAAAAGGAUGUAGAAGGUGCUUUUGGCCUUCUGAACAAAAUGCCGCAUGUCGGUAGCGGUAUACUGUCUGGCUACAUCGUUCCACAGCUUCUUAAUCUCGGUGUCGCUCCCACUGACAUCGUUGAUCGCAUUGAGCGUCCUGAAUUACGUCCUGUGGCCGCGUUCGGCUGCUUCAUUCACUCUCUGACUACGAACCGCAAUUCGACCUCCAGCUCUUCGGUGGACUUCGAGGCAGCGGAAAAGUUGGUGGACCAGUUCGUGCAACAGGGCUAUUCACUGGAUGAUCAGGCCGUUUCACUGUCCACGUUCGCAGUUCGUCAGCUGGUUUCCCCUCUCGAGGAUAUGCCCGAGACAUCUUCUGAUAUUGCAGUCCAACAAAUGGUGAAGUCUUUGGAGCUCAUUGGCAAGAUGGUCAGCCCGAAGUGUCUGAAAGGUUUAGUGUGUCAGCUAUUCCAGCAUUUUUUGCAACGAUAUGAAGCCAGCUCCAAGGGCAAUCACCAACGACCUACAGCACAAGAUCACAUGGCUCUGCAGAGACUGAUCGAUUCGUGUAUUUUGAUGGAUAUAAAAUUCCACCGGGACCACUGGAUCUUCUACAGUUUCAAUAACUGUGAAUUUACCCUGGAUAAAAUAGACCAGCUGAAAUUUCUGCCGGUGUCGGAUGCACGCCCUGUGGAAGAGACUCUAAAACCUAUGUCCAUGCGGAAACGCGUGCGCAACUUGCUCAUGGCAGGGGACGUUGAGUCCGUUUUAAGUGCCAUCACACAGGCGAAAAGUUGGACUGACGACAGGAAAUCAUCCGGUGGACCGGAAGCGUCAUCAAACACUUCAUUUCCUGAUGCGGUUGCGGUUGCCUACCAGUUGAUGCAAGACUUGUCGUCCAAAGUUGAGCCUCCGAACACCGUGUCGUACCCCAUAGCGCCUAAAGAUGUUGAACGCUUGUUUUGGGCCUCGUGGAACAAUCAGCUCCUACCGAAUGCCGGGCGCGCCAUCUCACAAGUAGCGACGAUAUAUCGCAAAACGUCCGACGUUAAAGGCCUGGCCGAAUAUUUCAAUCGAGCAUCAAAACAGCUUGGUAACUUUCUGGAUGUACUACUCCUCCGGGAAUCCAUGCGGACGUUGUUAGAUGAUGACUUUUCGAAUAAUCUGAGGUUGCUCCAGUCCAUGAUCAACAAUCCGAAUGGUUCACUCUCAACGUUCGCGGCUAAAACCUGUCUCUUAGAGGAUUUGCUAGUAACAACGUACCCAGAUAAACUGAAGGACUUGACAGAUUUCCAUCGAGGCUCCACCGAUUAUUGGCCAACCAAGGUGCUUUCGAAACGCCUGCCAACAGGUCAUCUUCAGAAGCUCCGAAGUCUACACGAUGCAACAGACGAUCUUUGUAAAUCAAACGAACUGUUUGCCGCGCACUCCCUCCGUUUGUGGGCCAGUCAACUUGGUUUGCUGAUAUUUCCAAGAACGAACGAACUGCUCCUACUUUUCCCCCACUUGAAUCCAUCGCGUCAGCGUCAAAUAUCACUUCCACAAUGGUGUAUGAGUCACGAGCUAUCGCAACACUUCCCUGUCAAUCUGGACCAUCGCUUCCUCACUUCCUUAGACUCCCUCAUCAUCGACCGAAGUCAAGAAACGCUAGCUUCCACUGUCAAAUCUGUAGCCACAUGCCUUGUGGAUCGCAUGGCAAGUAACCGGAUAGAUUCCAUCUCAAGCAACUGGGUUCCCACUUGGUUAGUGGUGUGUCAACGAUUACAUCAGACCGGUUCCAUGUUUACCUCCCCCGAACCCUAUACAGCACUGGCUGCCGAAUUCCUUAGACAAGGAGCAUCAGCUCAAUUGAACGUGAUGGGUGAAUUGGAUCAUUGGUUCUUCUACGCACCAACCACUCACCACAAGUCAGCUCUUGUACUGGCCGCUCUCGCCAGUCCACCUUUUCAGGGUUGGGGUAUCGCGAAACUCCGAUCACAACCGGAUCUGCUGUGCUCGGUCGGCACCAAAAUCGAUCCGUCCACAGUUCUGUCUGAUGAACAACAAUCGUUUUUCAAUGAUGCGAUUUUGAAGAUGAGCAGAAAACGUACCAUGGAAUUGUCUGCCAUUCUGAAGGACACCCAGUUUGAUAAGGAUGCACUCAAGGUUGUUUGCGACAAGUUUACGACCGACGAAAUGUGCAACGAGUUGGCGGCCCACCUUCUCAUCACGGACGGUUUACUUAAACCACUUGUUGGUUUCCUUCAAGAAGUCUACCCACACUCGGUGAUCCCCUUCUGCGAUAAACUACUAACCAAGUUGAUCCAUACAUCCCGCCAAGUUCGUCUGGUUCGUGCGUGCUACGAUACAAUGAAACAAUGGUCGGUGGACGUAACCUCACUGAGUCCAGAAAACCAAGCUUUCAUCUACGCGUCCCACCGUUUUCUGGAAACCGCACAAGAGGACCUCCUUGAUCCUUUGGAACACUUGGCGCGGAAGGUUCCAACCGAAAUUCGCGAGUCGUGGUUGAAAGAAUUGAAAUAUUCCCUGGCUGUGGACGAUUUUAUUACCACCUGCGAACUUUUGAACAAACUGGAUCCUUCUCUACGCGAUUCAGCUGUAUCUUUUGUAGUUUAUUCUAUGGUCGGCCCUUCGGAAACUGCACGUAUUAACAAGCUCCUUACGACUGUCGCUGAACACUCUGACGUACAAAUGCUGAAGCUUGUUGCUAAAGUAGCGCGGCCCUUCUUACCCGGAGGACUUAGCGAAGCAUAUCAAGCACUUUCUUGUGUGUACAAUGAUGAGAAAACUACUUGGUUCGACGGUGCGUGCAUCCGGUAUCACAAACUCGGCCCGUUGCGUCACAUGAAACCGCCGUCGACGACACGCGAUGAAGUGGGAUCUGACACCGUUGCUAAAGUGAUCUCUGCACCAAAACAAUCGAUAUUCUCCGUUGUUCAAGCUAUUCUCAAAGUCCAGACGGAUCCCGAAAAAUUGAAAGCAACACUCGAGGAUCUUCUCUCUAACUGGAGCCCCAACCAAAAAGCCACCGUUGCUAACCACCUUAUCGCAAAAGGUGCGGCAGAUGCGGUCGAAAGUAUCAUGAAUAUGAGUUCCACUCCAGAAAAAGCAAAACGUGAUUCGCCAUCCGUGGAGUUUGCGAAAAUUGUGAGCGCAUCUCUUGCGGACCCUCUGAAUGCAACAAAUGAUUCCUCCUCAGAAUUGGCACGAUCCGCUCUCCAAAAACUGAAACGAAUGAACUCGGGACAGCUGAUUACAUGCCUCAAAGGCCCUCACGUAGAAAUGCUAUUCCGAUCCUGGCCGCUCGACCAGCUAGGCGAUCUUCUCGAAUUGGUCAACAGUGCUUCGGAACACGAGAAGAAUUCGUUAAAUUUGCAGCUGGCAGCAAUUAUGAUCAAUCGGAAUCGUCACAAUAUUGCCAAGCAGAUAGUCAAAUCAACUGGUCCCCUGCCAACCGCGUUCCUUGCCGGUAGUCCACGGCACAUUUUAAGCGUACCAGAACUAGAGGCAACGCUCACUUACCUGUCCGAAAAUGAUCCAGAUCACAUGGCGACGUUCGUUGACGCUUCUCUACGCAAUGCAGUUUUUACGACGAAUCCUCGACAGGUAAACGACGUGGUCAACUUCGUCCGUGCCGUGGAUUCACAUCCACUAUCUUUUAAUCUUCGCGACAUUUGUCAGUUACCCACAACGGAUCUGAUCGCACGGUUCCUCCAGCGGACACCAGAGCUCCCAAAUGAUGUCAAGAACAUUUUGAAGGCCGUUCUCCCUCCUGCAAGAGCUUGAUUAACUUUUGCGCUCUCCAGCGACGCGCCUAGUCACUGUAGUCUAAGCCAAGUAGGACUGACAUUUUCUGCUUGUUUUCAACCUUGUCAUACUUUCGGUCGGAUGAAAAUACAAGUUUACUC